AUGAAAAAAAACGCACUGGUAAAAAGGGCCCUCUGUAGUGCGAGGUUGUGCCAAAAUGGUGCGCACGUAAAUGCACUUAUGAGAGGAGCUCUGCUCACUGGGGUAGACCUCUGGACGAGCAAAGCUAUGCAGACAAGGAGAAUCAGUGGUAAUGCACCAAACAGUAGCUUCAAUCUAUUUGAUAAAAUAAAGGAUAUAAACGGAAAAAUCCAAAACGAGGAAGGCACUGAAGAAAACGACUCAAAGAAAAGGAAGCCAUCCAAAAAGGUUCUAAAACUUGUGGAUGAAAUUUUAAACCUAACCCUCAUAGAAGCAGCUGACUUGUGUGAUCUUUGUCAAGAGAAGUUGGACGGAGAGAAACAAUUCAAUAAUUCCGUUUUUUUGAACAGAAACCCGUUUCCACAUCCUUCGGGCUUCUUCAGUGGAGGGAGUUUCUCUACCCCGAAUUUCCCCCCAGGCAUGAACGCUCCUUUCCCUAACCAUAUCGCUACUGCUCUGCCUGGUGUCGUUCCGCCGACAGGAACGCCCAAUUUAGAGACAGCGAAGGAAAAUGAAUCGGCAGGGACAAAAAAGGAAGAAAAAAAAAUAUCGAAAAGUACAUUUAACGUAAAAUUGGAAAACUUCGACGCAAAAAAUAAAAUUAACACGAUUAAAGAAAUUCGCAAAAUAACCAAUGUCGGUUUGAAGGAGGCAAAGGACAUGGUGGAGAGCGCCCCUUUCUAUGUGCAAAAGAACGUCCCCGCGGAAAAGGCAGAAGAAAUGAAAAAGAAGUUCGAGGAACUAGGCGCCACAAUUAUAUUGGAAUGA